UUCUUGAACUCCAACUCUCUCCAGUCUACUUGUGCCAUCUGGGGAAGAGCCAAGAGGUUAACUUCCAGCCUUUUUCAUCCAUGGCGUUGGAAGGGUUUUAGCUUUGCUUUGGGUGUUUAUCUUUGUUUGGGUUUUUAGCAUUUUUGGUCUUUUUUCCGUCAUGGCGUUAGAGCUUUUGAUGGCUGAUUAUGGUGACAUUGCUGAUUAUGGUGAAGAGGAAGAAGAAGAAGAAUCAAGCUUGCUUGCUGAGGCAGAGCAACAAGGGAAUAUGUUAGAAAUGGUGGUCUAUGAAGAGAACACCCCACUGGAGGUACCAGAAGAGAAUAUGUUAGAAAUGGUCGUCUAUGAAGAGAACACCCCACUGGGGGUACCAGAAGAGAAUAUGUUAGAAAUAGUGGUCUAUGAAGAGAAAUCUGCACUGGAGGAAGUACCAGAAGAAAUGACUAAUGAGAUUGAGGAAAGGAACACUAUCUCAGUUGAGUUGGCUAUGCAGAGGGAGCUUGAUUACUGUAACAAGAUUGAGAAGAUGAAGAAGGAGCUACCUGGUUAUGAUUUUGAAGAACUCUCAAUGCCUGUCCUGGGGGAGCCUUCAAAUCUUGAACUUUGGGAAAUUGGUAGAAGAACCCCUUCUGACAGUUUUUCUAACACACAGGGUGAAACGUCCGACUCGGUAGACUUUGAGAAAAAGAUUAUGAAGGAUGAAAUUAGAGACAAAUCAGAUAUAGCUGAAAUGGCUAACGAAAGCGUGAAAGGGAACAUCAUGCCUGUGGAGCUAGCAAUUCAGAGGGAGCUUGCGUAUCAGAAGAAGAUUGAGGGGAUGCAGUUGCAACCUCGCUAUGAUUUUGUGGAGCGUUCGAUGUGUGACCAGGGGGAACCUUCAAACCUUGAACUUCGGGAAAUUGAUAGAAGACCCUCUUCUGACAGUUUUCUUAACACACAAGGUGAAACGUCCGACCCAAUUGUCUCUGCGAAAAAGAUUAUAAAGGAGGAAAUUAGAGACGCAACGGAUAUAGUUGAAAUGGCUAAUGAGAGCGUGAAAGGGAACAACAUGCCUGUGGAGCUUGCAAUUCAAAGGGAUCUUGCAUACCAGAAGAAGAUUGAGGGGAUUCAGUUGCAACCAAGUUAUGAUUUUGUGAAGCCACCAGUUGCUGACAAGGAGACACAUUCAAUUCGUAUACCUUCGGAAAUGAAUGCGAAACCCCGUUCUAGCAGAUCUCCUUGCUUUAAAGAUCAAGCGACUACUGAGAAGGUGAUGUGGAAAACAAUGUCAGUGGAGCUUGCUCUUCAACGGGAAAUUGAAUACCAAGCAAAGAUUAAAAGGUUGAAGUUGGAAGCUGAUAAUGAUUUUCGAGAAGCUCCCCAGCCUACCACCCAGGGAACAACUUCAGGUUUGGGGCUUAGCAAAAUGAAUAGAGAAUCCUGUUUUGAGAACAGUUCAAGCUUGCAAGGUAGGAUUCCGAACCCAAUAUUCUUUCGAGGGGAGGUUCAAUGUGAGAGAUCUCAACAACAAAUAACCAGAAGGGAGAUGUCCAAUGAGAGAAACAGGUCCACCACCAUGCCGGCGGAGUUAGCAAUCCAAAGGAAGCUGGAAGUCCAAAGGAAAAUGUGGAAUUUGCAGUCUGGUUUUAAGUUUCAGGAACGGCCUGUCCUGUUGCAGGGAUCAACUCCAAACCAGAAUAUUGCAAAAGUGAAAGAAAUGGCUCCGUUUAUCAAUCUGGGAUAUCCAUUGCCACGAAAAGCGAAACAGCAAUACUAUCAGAAAAACCCUCUAUUCUGCAAGGACUGCGGGGUGUUGUGCUCGAGUGCAAAAACUCUAAAGAUGCACUAUGGAGGUAAAAGACACGCAACCGUAGUAAAUGUUAAAGCGAAAUAACAAUGUCACUGAUGCGAGAGAAUUAGUGUGCGAGGUAUGUUUAGUACCAUGUACAGACGAAGACUCUCUUCAGCGGCAUCUUUCUGGAAAGAAGCAUGCUGCUAAUGUUGAAAAACUCGCUGAAGCAAAGGCGGCUCGUAGGUAAAAAACUAAAUGAGUUGCAAAGUCCAAGCAGAAAAUUACGUAUAGUAAUUAGAUAAAGAAACAUUAACCCUUAACCCAAUCUUAUUUGUGUUUUGGUUUCUGAAAACAUCUUGUUUGUCCAGUCUAUAAGAAGUUGAAUAUAGAUAGAAACUUACUUAAAUAGUACGGAGUAGUUUAGAAUUACACCUUUUCAUCCAUCAACUCAGACUACUUCAGAAGACUUAUCAUUAAGUUGAGUUCUGGUG